AGAACAAGCUGAAUCAUUUCUUCAUGACUACAGGCAAAUGUAGUGAAAGUGUAAAGUUGUUAGAAUGAUCAUUGGAGCAGCGCUACUAUUGAGCCUUGCUCACCUCUUUGUGAAAGCAUCACAACCAUGGAAUGCAUUAGAUCCAGAACAAACUCUAUACGCGUACAAGCGCUGUUUUGAAGAUCACCUUCCAUCAGGAUCAAACAGAAAUACUUACCUGUCAGAGUGGAUUGACUGGAAGUUAGAACCCAACGAUGCUAUUACCCAAUGCUAUGUGAAGUGCGCCCUGAUUGGAAUCCAAAUCUACGAUGAGAAGGAAAAUGCGUUUAAGCCGGAUAGGAUUCCUGUUCAGCAUGGAGCAUACAAAUCAUUCAACCAGGCCGAUUCCAAGGAUGUCUCCGAGUAUCAGAAAGCCCUGGCCGCUAGCAAUCCUGGAACAGGUAGCUGUAUCGAGCUGUAUAACGCGUAUAUACCGGUACAUAAACGAUUCAGGAAUGUGUCCCGUAAACUAUAUCACGGUGUGGCUGACGGUGCUGCUAAAGUUUAUGCCGCAAUGCCCCAAAUCAAGCAGAUAGGUGAAUCGUACCAUGCGUACUGUGAAAAGCGUGCUUGGAAUGGUAAGAAAAAGUUUGAUAUGCAGAAAGCCCGCAAUUACAUACUUACUGGCAGUCCGGAAAUAAAGAAGGCGAUCGAUUGUAUCUUCCGUGGAUUGCGAUAUAUGGAUGACACUGGGUUGAAGGUUGAUGAGAUCGUGCGAGAUUUUAAUCUGAUCAACAAGAGUGAACUGGAACCCGAGGUCCGAUCAGUGUUGGCAGCCUGUCCUGCAAUAAGAGCGUACGAAUUUUAUGCCUGUUUGCUUACCAGCCGCUUAAGGGAAGACUUCAAGAAGGCGUUCGAUUUCCAUGAACUUCGUUCUGCGGACUACGGAUAUCUGGUGCUAGGAAAAGUCUACGAAGGUCCUGAAAAGGUUAAGGAAGAAAUGCAGAAACUAAACGCUACCGCACGUUUCUAGCACAUGUAAUUUUCCCAUUAGCCGUCGGUGCAUUGGGUGAGAAAAAAAAUAUUGAUUUACAACAAGAUACGAUCAGCAU